AUGGCAGUGGACAGAGACCUUCAAGAAGGCAAUCUUGGGGAGACGGCAAGGUUUCCAUGGCUGGGUGUGCUCAGAGUGCAUAUACAUGAAGCUGCUUCGUUGAAGAUCGCUCUUACAGGUAUAGUUCUAGUGAGAGAGAGAUACGCAGUGGCUAACGCAGAUGAGAUCUCCCGAAUACCAAGACAUAUAUUUAAGGAAGACAGUCAAGCGAUGUUUGUACCUACAAAUGGAAAACCGUGGUACAGCCGACUAAUCGACUACAUCACUCACCCCGAGUACGAAUUCUCCACUUACAACACUAUUGCUCUCGUUGAACUCGACUCCGAAGAAGGUAAUAAUUAUUUACUAUUUCCAUUCAAGCCUAUUUGCUGGCCAGGAUACUCAUUUAACACAUCCAAUGAACUGUAUGCUGUAGGAUACACUGACGAACGGCAGCUGUUGGAAAAAGUUUUAUAUAAAUUACAAUACAUAAGUCAGGAGCUAUGUGCUGAAUUCUAUAACAGAUCUAGUCUACAAUCAGGUACGAUUAUUUCUCCGACAAAUUUGCAAUGUGGCUUUGCUGCUAACAAUAGGGGUAACUGUGUAUGGGACAGUGGAAUGGUUAUGAUUUCAAAUUCGACUGGUGCAUGGAUGCUGAUUGGAUUUGGCUUACGAGGUCCGGGAUGCGCGGCACCAUCUCGUUUCAUACAGAUGUUCUCGUACCUUCCAUGGAUCCAAACGAUUACCUCCAUAGAGUCGAUCUACGAUGAUUUUAGGAAGAGAAACAAACGCGACGAGUAA